AUGGACAGCUUUGUAACGAAAACAGCAAAACCAAAACAAGAUAAUGGACCAUCUCCUUUUGCAGCGGAAAGAAAUGCCCGACGUAUUGUGAAUGAAGCAGCGAGAGCGCCCACACUCGAAGACGUGACUGCUCUUCUUAAAGUAGUGCGAGAAGAGGAAGGUGUGAAGGCAGAAGUUCAACAGCUUCAGUUCACAGAAAAAUUUCCUCUACAUGACUACAAGCUCGUACAGUUGCCGAGGGAGCUUUUGAAUACAGUGAAAUCGGGAGACAAGUAA